UAUUGACAGGACAGCUUCAGAGAUGACAGGAAACAGGAUGAGAGAGAGGGGGGUUGGAUAAAUCUCCACCACAGCCUGGUACUGCCUGGAUCUGGAGAGGAUGGGGUGUUGUCAGUCUGACACUCCAGCUCCUCGUGCUCCUCCCACUCAAACUGAACACUUUUGGAAGUGAGCUUCAGCAGGCUCCUACUCUGCUGACAAGGAUAGGAAGGAAAUGAGAGGAGGUCAAGAGGUGGAACACAAUCUUGGCUGCUGAAUAGGAAUUUGUCGCCCAAUCUCCCAAGACAGCAAUAUACAGCUCAUGAAUGAUCACAUCCCUGCAGUUUGAUGUACAUCGACUUGAUUCUGAGAUAGGUGCUCCCAGAAAAUACGUUAACUUUUCUUAAGCCAGUUUGUGGCGGUAGAAGACAGGAAGAACCCUUCACAAUGUGGGACAAGAGAAAGCUACUUUUCGCUGCAAUCCUCUUCAUAAGUCUCUCCUGCAAAGUGACGGCUGGGAAAGCAAAACUACUGGACAUGGCCCCAAAUGCUGUGGAUGUCAUAUACACAGGAUGCCGUGAGCAAACCAUGGAGGAGUUUAUUCGUUCAGGCCUGUUAGGACAAGAGCUCAACCGCUCUAAGGAACUCCAGAAAGAAUGGCGUGUAAAUUCAGAAUGUGAAAAGCUGAUCCCUGGUGGAGUGAAGGAACAUACGACUGCACUUUGUACAGUUGUGAGUGCACAAAGUGGAGACAGUUCUUUAAGGCCCUUUGAUGAUGCUGUCUCGACAGCAGGUGCAAACAUUAGCACCUACACAGACGACUUCCACUUCAAGUCUCUUUACUUCCUGCUCAUGGAUGCAAUUACACUGCUGAAUCCGAAGACGUGCAAGACUCUGUUUUAUAUGUCAGAAGAAUACACAGCUGAAAAGGGCUCAGAGGUGAGAUUUGGAAAGUUUAUCAUCGCUCAUUCAAACUAUACACAAUAUCUUAAAGACGGUGAUUUGGAUGGGGUGACACUUUUCAGUAUUACUUCCUGCUUCUAUGCCAACCUGGGAGACAACAUUUGCCAUUGGGAGGAUUUAGCACUCUUAUCCUCUACUGAGGUGUUCACUGUGGAGGAAGUGAAAAGAAUAACUGACGAGAAUGAUGCUACAUACACUGGAGUUGUAUUGAAUCACUCAAGACUGGUCAACAAGCCCGGCUGUAAGAGUUUUUCAAGGUCCCUGGCUGAUGUCUCCUCCCAGUGGCUCGUGUCGGUGAUGGUGGCUUUAUCUCUUCUUUUUUUUAACUGUUGAGCAAAAACAAUGAGCAUCCCAGACUGCUCUUAGAGUUAAGAAGUUGCAUGUCUGUACAGUUAUACUUUUUUUUUUGUGAGAAUAUAAACCUGUUUUGCUCUGAUGUCUGCCAGUUAAAGUGCUGCAAGCUUUUGUAGUCAGCUGCAAAAAUAUAGCUGAAAUAUUUUCUUUACGCAUGUCAACAAUAAUAUACAUUAAUAUCAACAUAUUGAAGAUAAGGCAAUUUUUUUUUUUUUUUAAAUAUGGGUGGGGAGGGUCAUUGUAUGGUUUUAUUAGACAGUGUACAGUAAGAAUGUGACAGGAAAGAAGUGGAAGGGAUGUGCAACACAGUUCCCCGGAUGGAGAGGACCUCAGUACGUGACUUACAUGCUGUAUGUUUGUGAUUAGCACUCUAAUGCCACGGGCAACAACAGAGUUUGCCUGAAAAUAAGGCAGUAUCAGGUCUUAACAACAGCUGUUAUAUGUUUUGGCUGUUUUGGCAAUAAACUGGUUGAACCAUC